ACAAAAAAAUUACAAAUCUAUAAAUGUGCAUUCCUUAAAAUGAUACUGGAAUCAUGUUGAGAAGUGUAGAUUUGACUCAGAGCACAGAUAAUGUAAUGGAAUUGUUAUUGUGAUUUCACUUAGUAACCUCAACUGAUUUUGACCUUAGAUUAACAAGGUAACAUUUCAACAGCCUGUAGUUCUAAGGACCUUUUGUUUGAAAUAAAGAAAAGCAAGCUCAAAAGAAGCCACUCAAAUCUGUUAGAGACCAGUGAUUGUGUUUUGAUUGGGUUGGAUCAGUAAGCCUCUUGUGAGGCAUAGCGAGGUUGCCAAAGUGGACUUCAAUUCUUCCUUCUACCUUGAGCAUAACCUGAAAUACCAGCAGCUUCAUGAUGGGGUCAAGUGUCUUCAGGAAAGAUCUCAGGCAAGCAGAUAACACCAGUUUAUACGUACAAACUUUGUGAAGACAAAUUUGCUCCCUACUAGGCUAUGAGUCAAUACUAACAAUUGUUAGUAAAAAAAAAAUGACUUGUAAUCAGAGAGCAAUGGUGAAAAUAGAUUGAUUCUCAAGAUUUAUAUUUUUAUCCAUUGCUGCCAGGUUUUAUGGCUUUUAAACAUAGCAAACAAAUGAAUAGCUAUAUUAGCUACAUGCUGCUCCGAAUACAGCAAGUUUACUCGCAUAUCUUAAAGCUCUUUGUUAUCUUCACAGAUCGUGUUAAUCAAGCAUAACCUUUGUUGUUCUGUCCCGUAUCGGGCUUCCUCUCAGUCGAGAUUGUUUUGUGAUGCCCCGCCUUUGUUAUCUGUCAGCUUUCCUAGUUUACACAUUUGGAACGUCCUGCGCAGCACCGUUCAGUGUGUCAAUGAAGACGCGGUCUGCCUGGGAGUGUUUGAAUUUGAGCUCGCCCUUUGCUGAACUUUAUCAGAAUGAAUUCGUCCGCCCUGUCAGUCUUCCUAUGGCUUUGCGUUCGUUGUUAGUGACUGCGCAUUAGUUGAAGUAUUUUUCCCUUUAGAAGUGCAGUUGAGGACCUCAAAUUGCGGCAUGGAGGAUCUUGUGGUCUUCAACAGGCGCAUAUCGUACCUCGGGGACUUCACCUGGAGCAGCGCAUCGGGGCGCACCGUCCGCCUGCAGCCCUCUCCCAUCCAGAGCCUGUCGGAGCUGGAGCGCGUCCGUCUGCAGGAGGUGGCCUACAGCCGCCUGCACCAGGACUAUGAUCUGGCCUGCCAGAUCACCAUCCCCAAAGAUUGUCAGAAGCGCAAAAAGUCACUGAGGAAGAAGUUUGAUUCAUUAGCCAAAGAGAAGAGUAAAGACAAGGAGUUUGCGCCCCAGGCGUUCGGCAUGCCGCUCUCGCAGGUGAUUGCCAACGACCGCGUGCACAAGCAGAGGCACGACGGCCACCGCACCGAGGAGCACCGAGACACCGCCUCCGACCUGGUCUCCUCCAUUCUGCACUUCACCACCAAGAGGCCCAGCAAGGAGCUCUCCAGCAGCAACUCAUCGCUCAGCUCCACCUCAGAGACGCCGAGUGAGAGCGUCGCCCCCGGCACGCCAGAGGCUGCCCCGCGUGCCCGCCGACGGGGUGGGAUGUCUGUGGACUGCAUCACGGACCUGGAUGACAACGAGUCUCGUCUGCUGGAGGCCUUGCAGCUCUCACUGCCAGCCCAGACGCCCAGCAGGAAAGAGAAGCACCGAGACAAGAAGCUCAGCCUCAACCCCAUCUACAGGCAGGUGCCAAGGGUGUUGGACUGCUGCUGCCAGCACCUGGAGAAAUAUGGUUUGCAGACAGUUGGUAUUUUCCGUGUGGGGAGUUCAAAGAAAAGAGUGCGACAGCUGCGAGAUGAGUUUGACCAGGGCUCGGAGGUCCAGCCGGAUGAGGAACACAGUGUCCAUGAUGUGGCGGCACUUCUAAAGGAGUUUCUGCGGGACAUGCCUGACCCGCUGCUAACCAAAGAGCUCUAUACAGCAUUCAUCAACUGCAUGUCGCUGGACCCCGCGGAGAGGUGCAGCUCCAUGCAGCUGCUGGUCUACCUGCUGCCUCCCUGCAACAGCGACACCCUGCACCGGCUCCUGGAGUUCCUGUCCACCGUAGCCGACCACGCGGAGGACACCCACCACGGAGACGGCCAAGAGAUUCCAGGGAACAAGAUGACUUCUCUCAACCUGGCCACCAUUUUCGGACCCAACCUCCUUCACAAGCAGAAGAGCUCGGAUAAAGAGUUCAUGGUCCAGAGCUCCGCCCGCGCCGAGGAGAGCACCACCAUCAUUGGGAUCGUCCAGAGGAUGAUCGACGCGUACGAGUCUCUCUUCACGGUGUCUGCUGACCUGCAGCAUGAGGUGCUGAUGAGUCUGCUGGAGACGGACCCUGACGUGGUGGACUACCUGCUGAGGAGGAAGGCAUCUCAGUGGGAAAACCCCGACCUGCUCCGGUCCGAUGACUCUUUCUCCCUGAACGAGAGCGACUCCAACAACGCCUCCAGUGGUGAGGUCUCCCCCUACGAGAACAACUCCCCCGUGUUCCCUGAGCGACUGCUUUCCCCAGACCUGUGUGAAGACGGCACCCUCCACAGGCCCGACAAGCUCUCUCUGGAGGGGCGCGUGAGGGGGCGGCCGGGGCACACCGGCCUGCCUGCAGCCUCUAGCACAGCGGAAGACAAAGAUGAACAGACACAUGUGUGGGAAGCCUGGCAUGCAUCGAUGAGGGCAGGAUUAAAGAACCACAGCUCAGGCUCACACGGGGACGUGUCCCAGUGUUCACUCAGCUCAGCGGAGGGGUUGGACAGCCAGCGUGGCCUCCAGAAGCUACCGGUGCGCCGCACACAGACCUCCGCGGGAGUGGAGGAGUGCCGGACCCAUACGCCAGUCACCCGUGCCAGCAGUAGCCCGCAGACUGGCAUCUGGCUCUGCCAACCGCAGCACAGCACAGAGCCUCGCAGCCAACCAGGAUCAAGCAGCUUAGAUGAUAUCGCACCCGGCAGAGGCUCCUCUGCCAGACCUCCCCUCUCGGCCAAGCCUGGAGGCAGGCAGUGCGGCAAUCUGCCCCCUCCGUAUCCAGGACUCCACAGAGGUGCCGCCACCCUUCCACCCUCCACCACCACCACCACCCCCUAUCCCCAGGGCUCUCAGCCCAUGCAGGCGCUGCGCCGACCCCCACAGAGAGAGGCCUCAGACCGCCCCUUUCCCCUGAAGGCCCACAGAGGGCGCGGCAGCCCAGACUGGCAGGACUGGCAGCGGGACAAGUGGCAGAUAUGGCAGCUGCUCUCAUCAGACAAUGCAGACGCCCUGCCAGAGACGCUGGUGUGAUGCCGUGCCGAACACCCAGCUCCAUGGCAGUCACGUGCAGACGCCCUCUGUGCUCAACAUAAAAGAUGUGGAUAGUUCUUCUGAGAAGUUUUGGGCUUUUUUGUUACUUUCCAUUUUCUGCCAGCUAAUUUUUUUUUUACUCAGCUUAGCUGUUCAUUACAUGUUUAAACAGACCUCAAAAUGAACGUAUGUCACAUUUCUGACUGUCAACAAAUGGUUCUUUAAGAUGACUCCUGUUGAAUUUGAGAUGAAUUGGCAUUUUCCAUCCACAAUGUAUCUGCUGGAUAUUUGUGAUUAGUAACACAUUUUUAAUCAAAUCAAUAUUUUACACUAGUACAAUCUCCAAUAUAGAUAAUUGCUCAGAUCACACAAAUUAAGUAACAGUGAGUCAUUGAUAUGUCACAAAAGCACCAGAAAGAUGAAGCUGAUCCAUUUGAAUGUAGGCUACAUGUAGUGUCUUUGGUACUAUUCUUCUACCCCAAGUUCACUGUUUGUGUGUUUGUUGUUUGUGUGUGUGUUUGUGUGUGUGUCUUUGUGUGUGUGUGUGUGUGUG